GUCUUAACGGGGUCAUGUGAUUUUAUAGACGAGUUAGAUCUAAUAGUUACUAUUGAAUAGGGUAUGAAUCACAGACGAUCUAGAGUCGCAUGCAGUAAAGGUCCACUUGAUAUACUGACGUGCUUUUGCGUGUCGAUGAGGAAUCUGUCGUUUCCAUUCACAAUUCUUGAUUUUUGAAUUAAUUCAACCUCUGCCUUCAUAUUAGUAUAACCGCACAACAUAUAAAGUCAACUGCCUUCCCAUGAAAGCUUUUUUCAUCCUUCUAUCUUCUCCAUAAACACUGCUGUUACAUUUUCAAUACGAAAAGGGUAGAAAAUACAACAGCUACAAAACUCAACAAAAGGAAUUGGCUAUCUAGGGUUUUUGUAUUAUACCAAGGUUAAUGUACCCUUUCUAAAAAAAUUGCGAAAUGGAGUUAUUCUCUGACACAGGCAGCAUUAACCCUCCCCGACCGCCACCAUGAGGUCCUUUCACGUUCUUGGGACAGCCUUGACACUGUCACUCCCGGUUAUUGCGGAUUGGCAAUACAAAUCUCGUUCGGAUCUUGCUCCACCAAGACUUAAUAUCACCAUCCCGGCGACUAAGGAUGUCGAAAAGGGGUACUUGUUCGUUGCCCCAUUCGCAGGAUUCCCAGAUACACCUACGGAGCAGCAUGGUCCCAGGCAAGCUGGCCCGUAUAUAUUCCGCGACAAUGGCGACCUAGUCUGGUCCGGCUAUGGAAUCUACAGCAUCUGGUCGACCAAUUUCCAAGCUGGUCGCUGGGACGGCAAGGAUAUCCUGUUUAGCUUUGAAGGUGACCAUAAUCCGGGAUAUGGACACGGUCACGGCCAUGUCACUAUAAUGGACAACCACUACGAGACUAUCCGAGAACUGCGAGCUGGUAACCAUAAGCUGGUAGAUAAGCACGAGUUCCAUAUCGUCAAUGAGAAAACGGGCUUGAUUCAGAUCUACCAACCGGUUGCUCGUGAUUUGACGGCUUGGGGUGCCAGCGCUGAACAACAGUGGAUCGUCAAUGCCAUCAUCCAAGAACUUGAUAUCACCACUGGUGAAUUGCUCUUCGAGUGGGCAAGUCUAGACCAUGUUUCCCCCGACGAGGCAAUCCUACCCAUCAACCCCGGCCAAGCCGGAUCCGGGUACAAUAGCUCCGACGCAUGGGACUACUUCCACAUCAACAGCGUCGACAAGGACGCCGACGGCAACUAUCUCAUCUCCGCGCGCGACGCGUGCAGCGUCCACAAGAUCAACGGGACGAGCGGGGAAAUCAUCUGGAAGCUGAACGGCAAGGACAGCUCGUUCAAGGUGCCCAAGGACACCGAGUUCUGCUUCCAGCACCACGCCCGCUUUAUAAGCCAGGAGGACGGCAUCGAGAUCAUCAGCCUCUACGACAACAGCGCGCACGGAACCGAGCAUAGCGGGGGAUCGGAGGUGCAUACUGCGCCGACGAGCAGCGGGAAGAUCAUCCAGGUCAAUACUACCUCCUGGGAGGCCGAACUGGUGCAGGGCUUUUACCCGCCGGAUGAUCUCCUAUCCAAGUCUCAGGGUUCCACCCAGAUCUUACCCAACGGAAACGCCUUGGUGAACUGGGGGUCGUCAGGUGCAGUGACAGAGUAUCUCCCCAACGGCGAGGCAAUCUUCCACGCGUACAUGGACUCCGGUGAUCUUGGCCUGGGCGUCGAGAACUACCGCGCCUUCCGUUACAACUGGACGGGCUUGCCCAACGAAGAGCCUGCUAUUGUAGCGCUCCAGGACGAUGAAGAGAUCACUGCUUACGUGAGUUGGAACGGCGACACUGAGACCAAGACCUGGAAGUUCUACGCCGCUACGGAUAGCAAUGGAUCGAAGAAGUUUAUCGGCGAAGUCGAAAGGACUAGCUUCGAGACUUCACUUCGGAUUCCUAAGCAUGCGACUGCCGUCUCUGCCGAAGCUAUUGGUGCCAAUGGGAAGAGUUUGCGACAUACGGCAACAGUGCUUGUCGAGCAGGAAAUUAAACCCGCUGGAAACGCCUACAAGGCAACCACCGAGACUACGGCGGAGAAGGUUAUGGAGAAGUCUAGCAGCCGUUGGGAAGAAUACGAAUUGUAAACCGACCGGGUGCGAGUUUGCGACUUUUGAUUGGAGGCAGACUGUGGUGUCUUGCCUA